GUACCACGAAGAUGGAGCUGGAGCGAUGGCGCCACAGCGAGCGAUGAACAUGACGUUCCAAAACUUCGUCAACAAGACACGGCUAACUCAAGGAAUGAUCAACUUCUGCGUGAUCGUAUACAUGGACGAUAUCCUUGUCUACUCGGAAACCUAUCACGGACAUGCACAACACAUUGAGUGGACGGUGGCAGCGCUGAGAGACGCUGGAUUCAAGCUCACACUCGAAAAAAGCGAAUUUUUCCUCUUGGAAAUUUCGUUCCUGCGUUACGUCAUGACACGUGGAGGAUUGCGGCCUGACUCGAGAAAGGUCGCGGCGGUGAGAGAAGCUCCAGUUCCCACGUCGCUGACACAGGUUCUAGCCUUCUUGGGAUUGGUAUCGUACUAUCGCCAUUUCAUCAGAGGCUUCGCCGCGAUUGCACAACCACUAACGAACCUAUUACGAAAGGACCAGCCUCUCAGUUGGGAUGCGGAGUGUGAGCAGGCCUUUGCGACCCUCAAGGAUGCUCUGGCGAUGACACCUAUUUUGAUCCAACCGGAACCCUCGAAACAGUUCAUUCUUAUCACUGACUGGCAACCGGAAGCUAUUUCCGCUAUUUUUGCGCAGAAGGGGAACGAUGGUCGCGAACACGUCAUCGAGUACGCGUCGCGAACGGUGCCAGACGAACAGAGGAACGACUCAGCACCCCAAGGCGAAUGCUAUCCGCUCACAGUCCCUCUUCUCGAUCCUGGACAGUGGAGACUCUGGCGCGAGCACUUCGUCGAGUUGUCGGUGUGCCUGGUCAGGGUACGAAUCACGUGGGCAAGGGACGAAGACCAUCGCGAGUGGAGCGAGUACUUGGAGUGGUUGAUUAUCCACGUCUGGAGAACGAACGUGGAGGGCGAUCUUCUUGGAUUCCUGUUCGGAUCGGUGCAGCCCAGCCAUCGCCAGCCAAUCGUACAAGAGCUCAUAGUCCCACUCGCGCAACUAGCAGACGAUCUUCCCCUGGAGAUCGUCUCACAAAGUGACGAGAACCCGGUCCCGCACGUUCUCACGCAAACCUUGGCGCCAUAUCUUCAGUGGUCCAUGUGCCUGGAGGAUGCGGGAAACGACCGCAACCCACCAUCGCAGCGGGAUUAUCUGAGCCCACGAGAGAUCAUCGACCCCGCUUACUUCCGGGAUCGAACGACCACUGAGGACGAGGCGAUAGCGGCAGAAGAAGAAGCAGCAGCAGCAGCAGAAGAAGAAGAAGAAGAAGAAGAGGAGGUUGACGAGGAAGAAACUCCCGAAGAGGGGAGUUACAGUGAGCACAGCGAAGGGGAGCAAAGUGAGGAGGAGGAGGAGGAGGAAGAACAAGACGACGAGGAGGAAGAACAAGACGACGAGGAGGAAGUAGAACAAGGUGACGCAGAAGAAGAAGAAGAUCAGGUGGAGCUAGAAGAGUCGGAGUGGGAAGGAUUCGAGGAGGAAGUGCAUGACAAGGCUCGGGCGCAGGCCCAAGCACAGAAGAGGGAAGAGAUCGCGGCCGGGAAGCAACAGUUGGAAUUCCCCAGCGUAGCUGGUCAGCCGUGCACCGACGAUCCGGCCCGAGAUCCGGAGCCACCUAAGCCCAAGGAUGGAGACCCAGCUGCCGAGACUUCGGCCGCACUGGCAAGACGGCGACGAAGCCUAUCCCCCUCCCCCUCCACCACCGACCGUCCACCAGUUCGAGUCCGUACAGAUGGGGGGCAUCGGGCUUCGUCCCCGGUCGUUAUCCCGCCGUCCCCUUGACCAUCUCACCCUCCGCCAGGCUACUACCCGCGCUGUCUUCCCCUGCAAUCCCUUUCCCUUCG